CUCCUAGCUCUAGUUCUCUCCUGGUAAGCACCUAGUAUGAUCCUGUCUAGCUGGUGACAGCUUACAAGUGGUAUCGAGUUCCAGGACUAGGGAUUAGCUACUAGCGAGCGAGCCCGAGCAGGCCGACUCCAAUACCAAAAGCCGGCCCGGCCGCCAGGCCAGGGCCCGGCGCCAAAGGCAACCGACCUUCGGGCGGUCUUAAAAGGCUCUCAGAAGCCAUACGUGGCCUGGUCGCUUUGAGCGCACCUCUAUUGGCCCUGCAUUGGCGGCCCGAUACGGAUAAGCCUCGCCUAGUCGCUUGGCACCGAUCGUUGGCACGCACAUAUUGCCCUUUGGCUUGAUCAAAUAGCUUAUAGCCAGCAGCACGCCACGAUGGCAGACCCAGUUCCACCGGGUGUGUUUGCCGGAUGGCGCAUGUGUUUGCGCAAAUACUAUGAAGUCUACGAACUUCCCAUACCUGACAUCCUUGAGGAUGGCAACGCGAGAGUGCUACGCUACCUUGCUAGCUCUCACGACUUUGACCUGCCUCCCGAUGCCCUUGCCGCUCAGGCUCUCCUCCACCGGCUCAACGCCGAGCGUCAGAACUUCAUGGCGGCAACCACACAUCGUGACGAUAUGCCGGCCAAUGCUGACGAUCUGCAGCCCCAGCUGCAGCCACCGCGCGUGAUCAACGCCAGCCUGGCUGCUAACCCGGCUAGUGGCACACGGUACCAUACCGCAGCUAGCAGCCCCGCGCACAGCGCCGGCAGCGACGGCCAGGAUCCAGAGCGUCUCCGCCAGCAGCGCGACGCCGCCCUCGCAGAACUCGCGCGCGUGCGGAGGCAGAAAGAGCGCGACCACGCCACGGCCGUCGCCGCCCAGACGCGCCUCGCCGAGGAAGCCCGGCGCCUACUGGAAGCCCAGGAGAAUGGCACAACGGCCGCCGCCGCGGCCGACGCCCCUCCUCGGCCCGCAGCCUCAGCCCCCGCUGGCCCGGCACCAGCAGCCGGCCGACCCGGCCGCCUGCUGGGCGGCAUCCACGCCGCGCCCGGCGCCCUGCCCAUCCCCCAUGCGGACCGGCAGGAGCUUCAGCAGCACCACGCACACGUCGUGCCACAGCAGACGCCGCUGCGCCUCGACGCACUGCUCACGCACAUCAACACAUUCUGCAGCAGCGACAUCGGCGCCGGCGCCAUGGACCUCAGCCGCGAUGUGGCCUCGCCAGUCCUCAUGGCGUUCCUGAAGCGCCACAUGGACGACAUGGGCGUCCACUACGAGCCCCACAUCGACCUGCUCAUGAAGGGCAAGGGCGGCGCGUGGGCCCAGGACCCGCCAGUCGUCCGCAUCGCCAACGGCGACGACCUGGGCUUCCAGGAGGUCCAGCCGCGCCGGGUACGUUUUGUCGAUGAGGCUGGGGCAAUCGGUAGCAAUGGUGUAGACACGGUGGGCACGGCUGCGCCACUGCCCACCAGUGCCGGGGGAACGCUAGGCGUGGGGGCACCCGUCCUGGCGGGCGCCACUGACGGCUCCACGGCCCAGAUGUCCCCGGCCCAGAUGUCCCCGGUCACGUCUCCCAUGCGCAUGCAGCUGCACGCACAGGGACAGACGCACACCGCGCCUGAUCCCGCCCCCGCACCGGCACCGGCACCGCACUAUCGCGACCGUCACGAUCACCGUGAUGAACCUCGUGUCGUCAUCCACGCAUUCACGGGUGUGCUGAAGGGGACUAUCACAAACAUCGCCACAUGGUUCGACGUGCUAGUGAUGAUUCUCUCACGCCGAGGGAUCGAUCCAGUGGCGAGCUUCCUGAUGUACUUGGGAGGUCAGGCACAGCAGUGGGGACUGACGUGGUUCCGCGCGUGGGAGCGCGAGCACAACCGCCAGCCCACAGUUGACGAAUUACGCCAUGAUUUCCUGAUGCAAUGGGAUAACCCGCACCUGCACACUGCCUGGAUGCCUGGGACCGGCAAAAAUCGGACAGUAUAACGUUUGCUGGCGCCGCACCGGUGGUUGGUGGCAGGCGCGUUGUCUGCCUACUUUACGCAGACGACCUCACACUGUGCGCUCUGACUGUCCAUCGUAUGCAAUUCUUGCUCAACCGUCUGCAUGAGUUCUGCACUGCGUUUGGUAUGCGAGUGAACAUUGCGAAGUGUGAAAUUCUGGUCUUUGCACCGACGCCACACCAACGCCAAAUUGGGAUGGCUCAGGCAUGUGCGCUGAGCUAUGGACCGGACAUGGUUCGCAUCCCAAUUAAGGAGCGCGCACGGUACCUGGGACUACAUUACGGUCCUGCUACUACCUUUGACUCGUGCUAUCAGGAGCUGAUUGCAGCAGGCAAAAGAGCAGCUUUCGCACUACUUGCGGCCCUUGACAAGCGUGGUUGCUUGGCCCCUGACAUCAUGCACACGUGCUUCGAGGUGCAAGUAAGAUCGGUGCUGUCAUAUGGUGUGGAGAUUUGGGGCCCUGACGCACUGUAUGCGCUGUUUGAGGGCACCAGCUACGGUGGAUAUGGUACCACUGAGGACAGGGCGCUGAGAGCCAAAUGGCGCAAAGCUAGGUCACUGUUCGACAAGGCACUCACGGACCCCAUGGUAGCGGCACAAACCGCGUUUCUGGCGCGUGCGGUAGGGGCCAGCCGGCCCACAUACCGGUUGCUUUUUGCUGAAUUCAGCACGCACCCAUUGCACCUGCAUUGGGCGCGGUUGACCUUUGGAUUCUGGAACCGUAUACUACGCCAACGUGACUCACUUGCCUAUACGUUCCUUGAGGAUGCUGUAAGAAGUGCUGUGGCUGGGGACUUUAUGCGAGGCUGUUGGGUGAGCAAAAUUUACAGUGUAUGCAAGGCGCUGGGCUACGACUGGCUAUCUAAGUGCCCCGAUGGGGCCCACGGAGUGCAAGCGUGGAUCAUGCGCACGGAGCUACCAGUUGCAGAGCUACUAAGCACGUUCAUGGAUCAGUUAACAAGUGAAUGGCGUGCAGAAUGCCUAGCGGAUGACCCGCGCUCCUUCCCUGAAGCAGAAGGACGCAGGCAGCCAGGGGCACCUGGCGUAAAAAUGUGUCGUUUUUCGCGAUGUCGGUGUAUUCUGUUGAUGUUGCAUCAUGUCGUGCUUUAUCGCAUUCUUGGUUUCUGCACCCGCGUGGCCUUGUUUGUAAAAUUCCGCGGCGCCCUGAUCUUAGCUUGUUCUUCGUUGUGAUCGUGUGUCAAAAAUUUGUUUUUGGCGGGAUUCGAACCUGUGAGCACUACGCUAAGCUCCAUAAUCAGACCCUCCAGAGGAGGGUGUGCAAACUAGUUAGCGAUCCGGUGAUUCGGGCGGCGAUACUCCUUAGCUUGGAUGUGACAGACGGCGGUACUCCUUAGCUUAGAGUUCUUGGCAAUGCAACUGUACGGGCGUACGACGGGGGCCCUCGCCAUGAGUAUAAA